AUGGGCGGCACGGCGCUGUCGGGAGCGCUGUGGCUGGGGCUGCUCUGGGCCGGGAGCGGGGCCGGGGGCAGCUGCCAGGGAAAGUGCUGCCAGGGCCGGGAUGCCGCCUGCGUCGGCGAGGGAUGGAAGGAGGGAGGUGGCUACGGUACCUGCUACUGCGACGAAGGCUGCCGGCGAGCCGGGGACUGCUGCCACGACCACGGCCAGGCGUGCCCGGCUAUUCCCUGUGUUGUGGGGGAGUGGAGUCAUUGGAGUGGCUGUGCAGAACAAUGUCAUCCUGGGCUGCGGAUCCGUAGGCGCUAUGUUCAACAGGAACCUAAAAAUGGUGGGGAGCCAUGUCCAGCUGUGGAGGAGAAGGCUGGCUGCCUGGAAUACCUGACUUACCAGGGGGAGGACUGCGGCCAUGAACAUGUCCCUGCUUUCAUAACUACCUCUGAAUACGCUAAAGAAAGAAAAAGACGAGCAGCAUCUUCUCUCUGGCCUUCAGACAAAGAAGCACUAGGAUACUGUGUGGAGUUCAGGACAGAAUCCCUUUCCCACCACUGCGCCCUGGAGACGCGUCCGUACGCGCGCUGGAUGCAGUACCUGCGUGAGGGACACACCGUGUGCGUCACCUGCCAGCCCCCGGCCAUGAGCACGGCCACGCAGCGCUGCUCCGGAGAUGGCCACAAAGCACACGGAGAUAAAAUCUUGCACUGGGAAGCAAUUGGCAACUCCCAGUGCCAAGGAACCUGGAAGAAGAUCCGGCAACUAGAGCACUGUUCCUGUCCCCUGGUGCAUAGUUUUAUUUUUACAUAAAAGUUUAAAAGAUCUUUAAAAUGGCAACAAAAAGAAUAAGAAAAUUAACACCAGUGCCAGCCAGGAAACCUACAUAUUUCUGCUGCAUUUUCUGGAGCCUUAACAAAUUUUAAACAAGUAGGAACUUUGACAGAAGUAUUUCAGGAAAUUCUCUCUGCCUUAAUACAAAAUGUGAAGACUGAACUCUGUAUUAGAACACUAGGAGCAUGUUCCCAUGUUUCUCUUUUGCAAUAAAGAGCUAAUGUUUCUAACCAUAGUAGUUGCUUUUUCUGAAGUUCUCCAUCUUUACUGGCCACAGCCCUGUCUACAGGGACUGCUCCUACUCAGUACUGAGCCAGCCAAAUAUUUUCAAGUCUGAGAAUAGUUACUGUCAAUAUUUCAGAGCAAGGGUGAAUAAAAAUGAAGUUUUUGAGAGCAAAAACCAGUUUUAGGUCCU